GCGUGUGGCCCGGAGGUGGGGCGAGCGCGCCGGGCGGAAGUCGGCCGCCCGCUUGGUCCGGCACUUUCCGCAGCGAGGCCCCGCUGUCCGCGGGCCCCGGAGCCGCCCGCACCGGGUCCCGCCUGCCCUUCAGUCUGAUGCCCGCCCAGCCCUCCACCCCCCUGGAAUGGAAUGAGUCUAUGCACUCGCUCCGGAUCAGCGUGGGGGGCCUUCUGCUGGCGUCCAUGACCAAGGCCGCAGACCCCCGCUUCCGCCCCCGCUGGAAGGUGAUCCUGCCAUCCUUCCUGGGUGCCGCUGUCCUCUGGCUGCUCUACGCCCACCGCCCGCCCCCCGGCCGACCCCCUGCACCCAACGCCCACAACUGGAGGCUGGGCCAGGCGCCCACGGACCGGUACAAUGACACCUACCCUCUGUCUGCCCCCCAGAGGACGCCAGGGGGGACUCGGUACCGGAUCGCUGUCAUCGCUGACCUGGACACGGAGUCGAGGGCCCAGGAGGAGAACACCUGGGUCAGUUACCUGAAGAAGGGCUAUCUGACCCUGUCUGACAGUGGGGACAGGGUGGCCGUGGAGUGGGACCAAGGCCACGGGGUCCUGGAGUCCCACCUGGCGGAAAAGGGGCGGGGCAUGGAGCUGUCGGACCUGAUCGUCUUCAAUGGGAAGCUCUACUCCGUGGACGACCGGACAGGGGUUAUCUACCAGAUCGAGGGCUCCAGGGCCGUGCCCUGGGUGAUUCUGCCCGACGGCGACGGGACCGUGGGGAAAGGCUUCAAAGCCGAGUGGUUGGCUGUGAAGGACGAGCACCUGUAUGUGGGCGGCCUGGGCAAGGAGUGGACCACCGCCACGGGGGAGGUGCUGAACGAGAACCCGGAGUGGGUGAAGGUGGUGGGCUGCAGGGGCAGCGUGGACCACGAGAGCUGGGUGUCCAGCUACAACGCCCUGCGGGCCGCCGCCGGCAUCCGGCCACCAGGCUACCUCCUCCACGAGUCUGCCUGCUGGAGCGACACGCUGCAGCGCUGGUUCUUCCUGCCACGCCGGGCCAGCCACGAGCGCUACAGCGAGAGGGACGACGAGCGCAGGGGCACCAACCUGCUGCUGAGCGCCACCCAGGACUUCAGCGACAUCUCCGUCCGCCACGUCGGGGAGGUGGUGCCCACACACGGCUUCUCCUCCUUCAAGUUCAUCCCCAACACUGACGACCAGAUCAUCGUGGCCCUCAAGUCUGAGGAGGACAGAGGCCAGAUCGCCACCUACAUCAUGGCCUUCACGCUCGACGGGCGCUUCCUCCUGCCCGAGACUAAGAUCGGGAGUGUGAAGUACGAGGGCAUAGAGUUCGUCUGACCCCAGGAAAACCGAGCUGGUGAGCGAGGCCCAGGGCUGGCCCGUCUAAGCUACAUCAGGACUCAGAGUUUAAAACCUGAGGACACCACUUUUAUGUGGUGUUUAGUUGAGGCUUUAGUUUCUCGAUUUGGAACCCUGAGGUGUGUGCCUGGUUCAGAGCUUUCUGGAGUCGGGAGCUUAGUCCCCGCUGAGCUGUGGAUGCUCGGAAGGGCAGGGGCCAGGGUCCUGGGCCGGCGGCCGGACGCUUCCCUGCGCUGCCAUCUGGUGGUAGAAGUUGGUCAUUGCCGGCAUCUCGGUUCAAGGCCUGUCCUGAUGCCACCCUUUCCUCCAGCUGACCUCCCUUUUUUUCUUUCCAUUUGGUCUUUUGUUCAAUAAAUAUUUCUUGAGCUCCUACUGUGUGUCAAGCACUGUGCCUCCUCUGGGAGCACAGCAGUGAGUCUGAGGUGAACCUGCCCUCAGGUGCUCCCAGGCCCCCCCCCUUCCUCCUGAACCUCAGGCAUGCAGCCCAGCCUCCCAAGCCCUUGGAGAAGAGCCUGCUUACACUGCAGAACAUCAGCAGGCCGUGAGAGCCGGGGGCAGGCCUCUGGGGACACGUGCACCAGAGGACUGCAAGUGGGGGGCAGGCUCCCCAGCCCCACAUCAGACGGCUCCCGUCAAGUGGCCAACCCCGUUUGCAGUCAUCAGGAAAAUUCUGUGGCUGUGUAGCACUUUGAAGUUUUAAUUAUUAACAUAUAUUAAUGACAGUAGUUUCCCUUCUUAUAAAAUGGAAUCGCCAAGUCUUAGCAGAGCAGAGUCUUGCAGUCAACAAAUUCAUUCCAAGAAAUGGCAGUUAAGCAGUUCCAGUUGGCAAGGCACUUCCAGGCGUUUCUUAGUCCUUGGCCCAAGGACACCAAGCUGAGGGUGAGGAUGCUUGGCCUUUUCCUCGCGACUGUCAGAAACGCCACGCCUUUGAAGACUGCCGCGAGUGACUGGAAUUUGUACUUCCUGCCCGAGUGGGGCCCUGGGUUCUGGCGGCCCUGCACCAGCACGGGCGCUGGGCGCCUUUACCGGAGGUGCGGAUGGGCCUGCCUGGCGCUGCAGUGUCUGUCUUUGCUUUCGCCUCUUCCCUGGGGGAGUUUUGCAGUCUCUUCUCCCUGGAACCCUUCAUGCACACCUCGACGUGUCUCGGUCCCUGUGGCCUCUUCUCCACGAUCCAGGGUGAAGGCAGAGGGUCCGGUGCAGAGGUCGGCCAGAGCGGAAGCCGACAAGGGCAGCUGCCAUCAGCCUGUGGUGCCCUCGCGCAGAAGCUACCUCACCCCCAGCAGAAUGUAGAGUUGGUGAUGGUGGGGCGGGGGCGGGGGGGGGGGCGGCUCUCAGGCUCUGGCUGUCACCAUGCGGACCCCGUUUCACCGACUUCUCCCACUUCGAACCUCUGACACCGCCGCUUGGGGGAGCCAGGAAGGACCCCUUGUUCUUGCGCUGGUUGUGUUCCUUCAUCUAUGAAACAAGUCACAGAAGAACAGAAAACAAGCUUUUUGAACGUGACACACUUCUCCAGAACUGGCUGUCACUGGACAUAGCCCGAAAGCUUCCUGACCCACCUCCUCGAGGAAGGUCCAGGACAUUGGGCUUGUGUGGUUUUCAAAAUACGGAGAUGGCAUCAGGACGGUUGGAGGACUCGGGGUAGUCACUGAGCUGAGACCCACGGCCAAGGCGCCCCGAAGCACCCCUUCCACACGGUCGAGGAUUUUCAGUUAUUUUAAAUCUAGCCUUGACACUCUGCUGCUCUAAGGUUAAUGAUUGUUUUCCUUCCUACUGGAGCCAUUGUUUUGUAAACAAUAAAGUGAAUUCUCUUUGUCUUCUGGUCUGUAUUGGCUAUUCAGGGAAGGACGCGCUCCCUCGGGGGAUGGGAGGUGGUCCUGGCGAGGAGCAAGCCGGAGCCUUCUAGGCACAGGCCUCCGAUGUGCCAUGAGAGUUCCUGGGACAGGGACCCAUGGACCUUUGCUGACUAAGGCUUUCUGGAAACCGUGUCACCUAGCCCAACUUUUCCUGAAGUCUGAAGAUGCGCCUUUGAUCAGAGGGGUUAAGUGGCUCUAAGAGUAACCAUUGUGGCUCAGUGGGUUAAGCACCCGAUGCAGUCUCUGUGAGAAUGUGGGUUCAAUCACUGGCCUCGCUCGGUGGGUUAAGGAUCCCGCGUUGCUGCAGGCUGUGGCAUAGGUCGCAGAUGCGGCUCAGGUCCAGGGUUGCUGUGGCUGUGGUGUAGGCCGGCUGCUACAGCUCCAAUUUGACCCCUAGCCUGGGAAUGUCCAUAUGCUGCAGGUACGGCCUUAAAAAAAAAGAACAUAGGCUCUGAGUCACCCCCUGAUUCCAGUCCUGGCUCUGACACUUCCAUGUAAUCAAGGGUGAGCGUAACGGAGCCACUUCACAGAGCUCUCGUGAACAGUAAGUGAAUCCAUACACAGAAGGGGCGUAGAAAAUUACCUGACACUUACCUAUCCCCCACGCACCCAUUUUGUUGGACGUACCGGAGAUUGGAGCUCCCGUGAGAGGUCUGAACUGGUGUGGGUGUCAUUACGGUGCCUGAUGGGCCUUCGGAACAAAGGAGAUCAUCCCGCAGGACCCACUGGGCCCAGGAUGCCCUGAGAGGCUGGUAAAGGAGAGGCCUUUUCUGGAGGACAUCGGGGUGGGUGGAAUCACCCUCCUUCUCCAUCCCUCUGCCCUGCUCUGCGUCCCCAGAGGCUGCCUGAGUCACACCCGUUAGUGCCCUCUGGAUGGGCCCAGACUGGCAGAAGGUGAGGGGUGAGCUGGGAGGCCCCGGUUCCCUCCCCAGGGCUGCCUCCUGCACUGCCGCUGUCCCUUCCGACCCAGGAGUGGCCAUAGCUCCAGAUCCCAGCUGCACCUGUGGUGUCCCUACCCCCGGUUACGCACGCCUUAUAAAGAGCCGCCUGUUUCCUGUGGGGACCGGGACAGCCAGGGAAGAGGGUCAACCAGCAAGCUCUGCAGAAGGUCAAGUACAAGGGUCUGAGGCAUGUCCGUGGGCCGAGCCCCGAGGGGACGUGGUGUUCUUGGCGAUGCUCUGGAGAACAGUCCCAGGAGGCGGGUGGGAUGGGAAGCUGGAGUUCGUCGGCUGAGGCCAGAGCAGCAAGUGAGGAGCAGCGCAGGAGGAAGGAGGGGUCGGAAAUCAGCUCUUGACUUUUAAGAAGCUGAAGUACACUGGACUUCAGCAACUCAUGCCUGCCUGGCUCUCAGGCAUGCAAUUAAAGGUCUCCCAGGACAGGGGUGGAAAAAAUGAGAUUAAUUUCCUUCCAAGUGGUAAUCCCGUCUUCUUAUGCUUUAAAUUGGUAAAUUUCAAGGUAAAUUGCACCUUAAUCAAAUUGUUAAAAGAUUUGAGCAAAGCAAAAGCAAAAUGCCCUCACGCAAAAGAAAAUUCCAAGCCCAAAUGGUAAAUUGUGCCAAGCAUUUAAGGAAGAGGUCGUAACAAACCAACACAAAAUCCUCCAUGAUUUUAAGAACUGGGAGCUCCUCCCAGUUCGUUUUAUGAGGACACCACCACCCCGAUACUAAAAGCAGACAAGUAUAAAAGAAAAAUAUAGACCAGUGUCUCAUGAACAUAGAGGCAAAAAUCCUUGGCAAAAAUUUAGCCAGUUGAAUCCAGGAACAUUCAAAAAUGAAAUGUCACACUUCAUGACAAAGUGCGAUUUACUCCAAGAAUGCAAGUUUGGUUUAAUAUUCUAAAAUCCACAUCAUUUACCACGUUAAGAGCUAAGAAGGAAAAACGAUAUAAUCUCAAAAGACACAGGAAAGGCAUUCGACAAAAUCCAGUACUCACUUUUGAUGUAAAAACAAGCAGAACACUUUUAGUAAACUAGGAAUAAACGGAACUUCUUAUCAACCAUUCUUUAAUUUUUUUAAAUGUGCAUUAAAAAAAAAAAGGAACUUCUUUAAAGGGCAUCUGUGAAAAACCUGCAGUUAACGUCAUUCUUCAUAGGGAAAGACUGUUUCUCCUUUGAAGCCUGGGAGUAAGGCAAGAAUGUUAGCUUUCUCCGCUGUUUCCCUGCCACUGAACUUUUUAUUUUGAAGUCAUUUUAAACCACGAAGAAGUUGCACACAGGUGUAGUGCUGCUGUGUUCCCUUCAUGCAGCUUUUUCCAGGGACAGCCUCUCACUACGCACUCAUCAUUUUGAUUGGCCCGCUGUCCUAUGGGAGGUCCCAGACCGUGCAGUUAGGCAAAAAAAUCUUUAGAUUGGAAAAGAAAGAGUAUAACUGGAGUUCCAGGGUGGCUCAGCAAGUUCAAGAUCCAGUGUGGUCCCUGCUCUGUGGCUCAGGUUCAAUCCCUGGCCUGGGAAUUUGCACAUGCUGUGGGCGUGGCCAAAAAAAAAAAA